GCCUGGGAAGUGCGCAUGCGCUCUGAAGCCAGACUUGGCGUUUGUAGAAGCAUCUGUCCCAGAAUGUCCAGCAAGGAAGUAAAGACUGCUCUAAAAAGUGCUCGAGAUGCAAUUAGAAACAAAGAAUACAAAGAAGCUUUGAAACAUUGUAAGACAGUGUUAAAACAAGAGAAAAAUAACUACAAUGCCUGGGUUUUUAUUGGUGUUGCUGCAGCCGAGCUGGAACAGCCUGACCAGGCCCAGGGCGCCUAUAAAAAGGCUGCAGAACUAGAGCCAGACCAGUUACUAGCUUGGCAGGGGUUAGCAAGCUUGUAUGAGAAAUGUAAUCAUGUAAAUGCUAAGGAUGACUUACCUGGUGUUUACCAAAAGCUCCUGGAUCUUUAUGAAAGUGUUGACAAACAGAAGUGGUGUGAUGUCUGUAAGAAACUUGUGGAUCUGUAUUACCAAGAAAAGAAACACGUAGAGGUGGCCCGAACAUGGCACAAAUUGAUAAAGACACGGCAGGAGGAAGGUGCAGACAACCAAGAGCUUCAUCAGCUGUGGAGGAAAUUGACUCAGUUGCUGGCUGAAAGCACUGAGGAUCAGAAUAAUGAGACCCAGCAACUGCUAUUAACUGCUUUUGAGAAUGCACUGAACUUAUCAGACAAGAUUCCUAGUGAAGAUCACCAAGUACUUUACAGACAUUUCAUUCAGUGCUUAUCCAAAUUUCCUCAUGAGACUGCUAGGCUGAAGAAGGCCUGUGAAGGAAUGAUAAACAUCUACCCCACUGUACAGUAUCCAUUGGAAGUCCUUUGUUUGCAUUUAAUUGAAUCAGGAAGUGUUACUGAUGAGGGAGAACAGUAUUGUUAUAGAUUAGUGGAAAUGGAUUCAAAAAGUGGUCCAGGCCUCAUUGGUUUAGGCAUUAAAGCAUUACAAGACAAAAAAUACGAAGAUGCUGUUAAGAACUUAACAGAAGGGUUACAGGAAAGCCCUCUCUGCACAACUGGAUGGUAUCGUCUCGCAGAAGCCCAAGUCAAAAUGCAUAAACCUAAGGAAGCUAUUCUUUCAUGCAGUCAAGGUCUGAAGAACAUAGAUAAUCUUGGUGUGUCUGGUGGCAGUCUUCAUCAGAAGAAUCUUUGUCUUCAUUUGAAAGCAGAGGCUUUGAUUAAACUCUCAGAUUAUGAAUCUUCAGAGGAAGCAAUUCGUACUCUUGAUCAGGUUUCUGAUGCAAAUAAUAUCCCAGGACUUUUGGUUCUCAAAGGCUUGGCCUAUCUGAACAAAGGCUCAUUAGAUGAGGCUUCAAAGAUUAUGGAAGACCUUCUCUCUUCUUAUCCUGACCUCGCUGAAGCUCAUGCCUUGGAGGCUUUGAUUCAUUUUACCAAAAAGGACUAUCUAGAAGCAGAAAAAUGUUUUCAGAGAGCUCUUGAGAAAGAUGCUGAAGUUGCUGAAUAUCAUUACCAACUUGGAUUAACAUAUUGGUCCAUGGGUGAAGAAACAAGAAAAGAUAAAACAAAGACUCUUACCCACUUUCUAAAGGCUGCCAAACUGGAUCCAUACAUGGGCAAAGUUUUCUGCUAUUUAGGUCAUUAUUACCGAGAUGUAGUAGGAGAUAAAAACAGAGCCCGUGGAUGUUACAGGAAAGCUUUUGAGUUAGAUGACAGUGAUGCUGAAUCUGGAGCUGCAGCAGUUGACUUAAGUGUGGAGCUUGAAGAGAUGGAAACUGCUUUAGCUGUCUUAACAGCCGUCACUCAGAAGGCAAGUGCUGGAACGGCCAAAUGGGCCUGGCUUAGGCGAGGACUGUACUAUUUGAAAGCUGGUCAACAUUCUCAAGCCGUGGCUGAUUUACAGGCAGCAUUAAGGGCAGACCCAAAGGACUUCAAUUGUUGGGAGUCACUAGGAGAGGCAUACUUAAGCAGAGGUGGCUAUACAACGGCCUUGAAAUCCUUCACAAAAGCCAGUGAGCUGAACCCAGAAUCCACAUACAGUGUGUUUAAGGUUGCAGCAAUACAGCAAAUCCUAGGCAAAUACAAGGAAGCAGUAGCUCAAUACCAGCUGAUCAUUAGAAACAAAGAAGAUUAUGUGCCUGCUUUAAAAGGUUUGGGUGAAUGCCAUCUCAUGAUGGCAAAAGCAGCUCUAGUCGAUUAUCUUGAUGGGAAAGCUGUGGACUAUGUAGAGAAAGCACUGGAAUAUUUUACUAGGUGUUAUGGCCGUGCAUUGAAACUAAUGUCUACAUCUAAUACGUGGUGUGAUCUUGGAAUUAAUUAUUAUCGCCAGGCACAGCACCUAUCAGAAACUGGCAACAACACGAAUGAUCUUCAAGAAUUGUUGGAGAAAUCUUUACAGUGUCUGAAAAAAGCCGUGAGACUUGACAGUAGUAAUCACUUAUACUGGAAUGCUCUUGGUGUAGUUUCAUGUUAUAGUGGUAUUGAAAAUUAUGCCCUUGCUCAGCACUGUUUUAUCAAGUCAAUCCAGUCAGAACAAAUUAAUGCUGCUGCAUGGACCAACUUGGGAGUGCUAUACCUUGCAAGUGAAAAAAUUGAGCAAGCUCAUGAAGCUUUCAAAAUGGCUCAGUCCCUUGAUCCAACUUAUUUAAUGUGCUGGAUUGGACAAGCUCUAAUUGCAGAGACAGUUGGAAGUUAUGACACCAUGGACCUCUUCAGGCACACUACAGAGCUCAGUAUGCAUACUGAAGGAGCAAUAGGUUAUGCAUAUUGGGUCUGUACAACAUUGCAAGAUAAAAGCAACAGAGAAACAGAGCUGUACCAGUACAACAUCCUUCAGAUGAAUGCAAUUCCAGCAGCACAGGUUGUUUUGAGUAAAUACAUAGAAAGAAUUCAGAAUUAUGCUCCAGCUUUCACAAUGUUGGGUUACUUAAAUGAACAUCUACAACUGAAAAAGGAAGCAGCAGCUGCAUACCAAAGGGCAAUUUUGUUAUUACAGACUGCAGAAGACCGAGAUACUUAUAACGUUACAAUGAGAAAUUAUGGCAGAUUGUUAUGUUCCAUUGGUGAAUAUGAUAAAGCUAUCCAGGCUUUUAAGUCCACGCCCCUUGAGGAAUUAGAAGACAUCGUAGGUUUUGCAUUGGCUUUAUUUAUGAAGGGUCUGUACAAAGAGAGUAGCAAAGCCUAUGAGAGAGCCUUGUCUGUUGUUGAAUCAGAACAAGACAAAGCCCAUAUCUUGACAGCUCUGGCAAUAACGGAGUAUAAACAAGGAAAAAUGGAUGUAGCCAAGACGUUGCUAUUUAAGUGUAACCCAGCUGACCCUGCUCUUUGGUCUCUGUUGUCCCGAGUGGUUGCCCAGCAUGCUCAACGAAAUGCAAAAGGAGGUGCAGUAGCAGGAAACGUGGCUCAUAUCCUGGACUCAAAUCAUGGAAAGAAGGCGUUACUGUACACUGCAAUCAAUCAGUUGGCUAUGGGAAGCAAUUCAGCAGAAGAUGAAAAAAAUACUGCACUAAAGACCAUUCAAAAGGCAGCGCUCCUUUCUCCAGGUGAUCCUGCUGUUUGGGCGGGGCUAAUGGCAGCCUGUUAUGCUGAUAAUAAACUGGCUCUAGUGAACAACACUCAGCCAAAGAGGAUGGACUUAUACUUAGCACUGUUAUCUGCUAUUUCUGCCUCCAUUAAAGAUAAAGAAUUCCUUGAAAAUUACAACCAAUCUCUUGAAAAGUGGUCUCUCUCCCAAGCUGUCACUGGCCUAAUAGACACAGGAAGAAUAUCUGAAGCUGAAGCCCUCUGCACAAAGAAUUUAAAAAGUAACCCUGAUCAGCCAGCUGUUAUCUUACUUUUGAGACAAGUUCAAUGUAAACCACUCCUGGAGUCACAAAAACCUCUCCCAGAUGCUGUCCUUGAAGAGCUGCAGAAAACAGUCAUGUCCAACUCAACCUCUGUUCCAGCUUGGCAGUGGCUGGCACACAUUUAUCAGUCGCAAGGGAUGAUGGGUGCUGCAGAGAUGUGUUAUAGGAAAAGUCUCCAAGUAGCAUCCCAGCAGGGCAGCUGGAGUGGGAAGCUCUCAAGUUUGUUGAGACUAGCACUGCUUGCAUUAGAAGUCUGCAUGGCUAAUAUUUCCAACAAUCACUGGCCAUCCUUGGUUCAAGAAGCUACAACUGAAGCCUUGAAACUUUGCUUUUGUCCACUGGCUGUCCUUUUACAAGCUUUGUUACAAUUCAGCCGCAAAAUGGGGGCAAGAGAAACACGGCGACUUUUGGAGAGAGUGGUGUAUCAGCCUGGGUAUCCCAGGUCUAUUGUGUCAACUGCACGUUGGUACCUGCUGAGACACUUACAUGCCAAAAAUGACGAUGAGCUCAUUGGUGUGCUGAUAAACAAUGCCACAACUCACGGAGAUACAAGAGCAUUGGAAUUGAAUCAGAAAUUGUCCUCACAAUAACAAUGCAUUAUUUUAGAAGUAAGCAAGCAAAGAAAAAGCUAUUAGAAAGAAGGAAACAAUGAAUCAAGACUUUUCCCUAAAGCAACAGUUUAAAAAACUAUAGUUAUAAUCAUCUAUGCCUUUUUUAAAUCUAGAGAUAUUUAAGUUCUUAAGCUAGGGAUGUAAUUUGCUGUAAACUCUUAAUAUAACUUUAAUCUGGAAAACAUAUUUGAUUUUGAAAAGUCCAUAAUUAAAGGAAGAACCAUGAUUCCCUUAGUUGCUUAGUUUUUUGUAAACCAUUAUUUCCUCCAUCUUGCCUGGUGCACAAUAGGAUUUUUUUAAGUAACCCCUUACAAUAAGGCCUUAAUGGUCAUUUUCUAAAUAAUAUGCAAAAGCAUAUUAGCACAAAGCAGCAUUUCAUUUGUUAAAACAACAAAUUCAAAGAUUUAAUUCCUUCUAUGAAUGCUAGAGUUCAGGAGACCAACUCAUCUAAAAUCCAGAUAAUCUUAUAACAAAUAAUGGUUCAUCUCAGAUUCUGUUGAAGCAUAAUAUAAAUGUUGGUGAGUCUUAGACUGUUAAUGGAUAUGUUUAUGUAAUUCAAAACACUCAGGUGUAUGGCUAUAUUUAAAAAAUUAAUGGAAAAUUUUGGAAAAAUGCUGACAGUAUUUAAUCAUGUAGUUCCUUCAACUAUGAUAAGAUGAACUUUCUUAACUAAAAAAAUACAAUGUCUUGUUUUCUUUAUAGUAUCAAUCAGAUAUAAUUUCAAAUUUUAAAACUUGAAAGCACAUUUACGUGUUUUAUUUUUUCAAAAAACCCUUUAUAUAUUUGAAGAAGCUGUACAUUGCCUGCUUUGGAUUUGUGGUCUUAAAAAAUGUUUUCAGACAUUUACAUAUUUAUUGUAUGAAAGUAGGUAAUCAUAUAAUUUAUGCACAUAGUUUCUCUAAACCAUCAGCUUCACAAUAUUACUUUGUGAGGUAAUAUAACUUGAUAAUAUUCUGUAAAUUUUACUUCAGAAGUUAACCUAUUGAACUAACUAAUAAUUAGAUGAAUCCCCAAAUUUCACUGAAUAUUAUCAUCAUUGAGACCUAUGCAGUCAGAAUCUUUUAAGAGUAGGCGCUAUGAGUGCAUGUUAAAGGCAUGCGAGAGAGUCUAAUGUUGGGCCAUCAGGUUUGUGAACUGCUGUCCAUUGAUGAUCCUGUCCUCACAACUGUCAAACAGAUUCAGUGCUUUUAACAGCCUGGUCCAUACACUGAGCAGAGCUGCACUGAAAAGGCUGCCUGUGCAGCCCUGGUGCGCACGCCCUCCUGCUUCCUCAGGAAGGCACAUGGGCCUUUACCUGCAGAAUGAGCUGCAGCCAUCUACUUGCAUGUUUACGAGUCAGUUCUUGUUCUCCAUCUGCUUUCUGGGCGUCACUUGCUUCACAAGGUCACUCACCGACACUAUGGACUUGGCUAGCCUUUGCUCCAGGCCUGUAUCCAAGGAGUAAGCUUUUGAUUCCAUUGCCUAGUUCUGGCCUUCAGGAACCACAGACCCAGGUUUUCUAGAAAGGAAAACUGGAAAAUACUUUUGUUAUAGUAUCUCAGGUAAUUCUUUUUUUGCAUGGAUGUAGACACAUCCUCUCUUUUGCUUGUUGUCUUCGCUUCAAAUUACUGCCCAGUUACUGUGAGCCUCGAACCAUUCCCAACUAUACAAUUUAUAUAGAACUGACUUUGUGCCAGACCUAUGGUAAGUGUUUAAACAUUGUCAUUUAAUCUCAGUAAAGGAGAAUGGUGCUAAACAGCAUGCUUAAAGCAAAGAAAAUUCGAAGUCAGUCAGUGUUAUCAGAUUCUAGGAACUUGAAAAGUGACUGAAAUUUCUCUUCAGAGUUUAUAUUUAAGUUUAAUUAGAUUAAAAGUUAUUUCCUGAAAUACCAAUAUUUAGCAUCCAUAUUAACUAUUUCACUUUAUUCAUUAUUUCUUUGAGAAUCAUAGUAUAUUUUCUACUAAUUUUUAUUUAUUUGCUUAUUGAUUAAUUAGAUGUUUAUAGGCUAGCUUGGCAUCUGAUAAUUUCUUAUGGGAGAAGUGCAUUUCAGCUUAUGAGUAAACUUUUGAAACACAAUCUGUUUGGGAUCACUUGUCAUAUUUCUUGAAAUGUCCCUUGCAUUAAUUUCUUGUCAGGACUAAAAACACUGUAGUUUAAAAUGCUUUACUCUUCUUCCACUUUAUAAAAUGAGUUGACAACUUCCUUUAAUUUGGGAAUUAUACAGAGCAGGAUUAGACAGCAAUACUCAGUUUGUACAUUAAGGCAAUUAAAAGGUGUGGUUAUUUAAAGCAAUAUGAAACAUAAUAGUUAGGUAAAUAUUUUAUGCUAAGUAACAUAUAAAUGCGAAAGAUAUGUAUUUGGUUACUCCAUAAAGAAAUUUGGGGAGAUUUUAAAGAACACAAAAAUGAAACAUAUUUUAUGUAUGAGUCAGUGUGGCUUGCAGAUUUUACUUUUUGUGCAUUAAAAAAUGUGAAAACUUUGUUUUGA